AAAAAUUUAAUUGUUAAUUUUCUGAUUAGUAAUAAAAAUAUUUCUAGCAAUAUUAGCAAGCAUUUCUUCUACUUAUAAUUAACAAAUUUAUUAGUUUUUGUAAAAUAAAUAUUUAAGGCAGUAAUGAAUAAAAUAAAAAAUGCAUAAUAAACUCAUUAAUAAGAACUCCCUAAAUAAUUUAAAGAAAGUAAAGUGGCUAAGGAUGAUAAAAAAUUCUAAAAAUUUAUAAAAUGGGUGAAAAAAAAUAGAAGAAAAGCUGAGAGGUUUAAUGAUAAGAUAAAAAAAUAAUAAAUUUUGAUGGAAAAUCAAAAUUACAGUUUUGAAUUAUUAAAUAAAAAGGCAUAGCUGCAACAUCAGCAAUAAGAUUAAGCGAAAGUAGAUAAAAUAAAUAAUUUUAAUUUACUUAGUCCAGCUUAAAGAUCUAGAAAAAAUUCAGCUUAUUAAGAUAUUAACAGUAUUAAAUAACUCCAUUUACUAUAGCCUGAUUAAAUUAGAAAAGAAUCACAGUUAAUAUAAAGCCCACAACUAAAGGAUUAGAAUCAAAAAAAAAUAUCUUAGGAGAAUUUAGUGUUAGAAAAUGAUGUUGCUUUACAACAAAAGACAUCUUCUUCUAACAAUUAGAACGAGUUACUUUAAAAGAAGAAAGAAAAAGAUUAUAAUGACUUUAAGCUUCAAAUUAGAAGAGAAAUGAUGGUAGAUGAUUCAAUAGGAGGUAAGCUAUCCUAUAAGCUUAUGCUGAAGAUGGAAUAGUUUUUUGAAAGACAUUAAUUAAAAAAUCCAAAAGAAAAAGAAAAAAUUAUUAAUCAUCUCCAUUAUGAAAAAGAUGCAAGUACUCUUUAGAAACCCAUAAUUGAAUAAGAAGGAGCCUAUAAAGAUGACAAAGAUUUUAUUAGACGAGACUCAUACUGGGCAAAUUUAUUUUAAGCUGAAAACAAUAACUACGCACUUAGAGCACCUGAUUAGUUUUAAUAUGUUAAUGAAAAUGAUUUAUAUUUUCCUUUAAAUCAACAAAAAAUAGAUAUUUACAUAUCAGAAACCAUUUAAGAUAAAAUAAACAAAAUAAAUUCAUUUAGAUUUCAAGAUAAAAUCAAUAAAAGUAAAUAAAUUAUAUAAAAUAGAGAACAGAUAAGAAAGCAGCUGUAGAAGGAAAAAGAAUAAAAAGAAUUAGAAUAGAAAUAAGAAGAAGAACUUAUGCUUGAUAUUAUGAAAAAACAGUAACUGAAAAAGGAACAAUAGUAGCUAUUUGAUCAACAAAUAGAAGAAUAAUAAAAUCCAAAAUAGCAGAUUCAUUUAAGCUAAGCAUACUCAAUUAAUGAAGGAAAAAAUACAAAAGAAUUAUAUUCAAUAAAUUUACUUAACACUACAGCAACUUAGGAAACUCGUAACUCUCAAACAAUAAAUUCUUAAUCUAAUUUUUUAGAUGCACAUUAAUCAAAACGUAACUAUACACUUGGUAUUGACAACAUAGAAUUUGAAAAAAUCUGUAAUUUUGAAGAGCUUAAAUAAAAAAAGAGUGCCAUAAAUAAGCUAUACGAAAAACUUUUUCCUUAAUAAAAUUAGCAAAUCUAAAAUGAAAAAAAUAACAAAAGUAAAUUUUUCAAAGUAGAGGAAACAUAAAAAAAUAGCAUCUAAAACAUAUUUUAGAGGAAUUCAAUAACAAACUCACCUCAAGGAACACAAUCCAAAUAACAAAGUUACUCUUAAAUACAUAAAAUACCACAAUAAAAAGGCAGCUUAUUAUUAGAUUAGUAAUCCCAAUUAUUUUAGAAAGAAUAAAAUAAUCAAAUUGUUAAUCAAGAUUUGAUGAAAUCAAAUUCAUUUUCAAGGAGAUCAACUAUUCAAUUAAAAAAAGAAAAAGAAAAGAAAUAGUAAUUGGAAGCUCCUGCUAAACUGUAAAAGUAAUACUAAACAUACUUUUAGCUAAACAAUAUCCCUUAUAUGUCAGAAUUAGGCUUAGAGCAUCAAAAUCAGUUAAAGUAUUAUGCAAAUAUUUUAGAAGAUUAUUGUCCUAACCCUUUCGAAAAAAUAAGUGAUUUAAAUGAUAUUAUAAAUUAUUAUGAAGAAUAAAACAAUCCAGAAAUCAUUAAAAAUUAAAUUUAUAGCAAAGUUAAAAAACCUACAAAACCAAGAUUUGAAUUAAAAAAGUAUGAUGAAAUAGAAUUUCUGCAGAAGAAAGUUAACUUUUAAUAUCGUGAGCGUAAUAAAACUGACUAGCUGAAUAUCGUAGAUUAAAAUCAAAAUCAAAUACUUUCUCAUAAUUUGGAUAAAAGAAUAAAAUCAUUCAGCACAAAAUUUAUCAACAGACCUUAAACUGCCUUUUACAAGGAACGGAAAGAAAACCUAACCAAAGAAAAUAAGCAAGAAUUCGAAAAAGUUAGCGAUUUAUCUAAAAAUUUAUCUAAAAUAAAAACUUCAGAUAACAAAACAGCUAAAACAUAAAUCAGAAGAAUGUAGAAGUUUAGUAAUAAGUAGUUUUUGUAUACACCAUAAGAACAUAAACAGAUCUAGUAUAUUUUUCCUCCUUAUCCUCUUAAGUAAAAAGAAGAAAACAAUAAAACCACAAGUAUGAUAUUCAGAAGUGCAAAAUAAAUAAAAUUAAACUCAAGUCAAAGAAUACAUAGUGCCUUAGCAUAAGUAAAAAAAAGCAAUGAUGUGGUGUGA